GUGUCUCCCUUACCUGUCAUGUCCGAGCAACGCGUCCUCUACAGGCGAAUUGUCAGAGAGUUUGGCAAAGCAUCCGUGCAGCCUCGUCAGAAGAGAAACAACGAGAUCUUACACAACUUCCGGGUCACUUUCCAGCACCGUGCAAACAGUAAAAAUAGUCAGGAAUUUGCUCGGGACGUUGAGAACUUCACCACUUUCCUCAGCUCACAGACACAGUACAAGGCCCUAAUGGAACGCUAUAAUCCUCUUUUUGACCUUACUGCUGAGGAAAGGAUUGAGGCUACUGCCCGGAGACGCCUCCACGUCUCCUCCCCAGAAACUCUCGAUGCUCUCAACAAGGUUUCACACUACCUUACUCAUGAGCAUGGACCCGUCGCUUUACCAACGGAAACCGUCUAUGGACUCGGUGCAAACGCGCUGAAUACCAAAGCAUCUUCUCGUAUAUUCUCGGUCAAAGGGCGUCCCCCCGACAAUCCCCUCAUCGUACAUGUGUCAUCCUCUUCGAUGUUGGCUUCCUUGCUACCGUCUGACUAUCAGAUACCUCCCAUGUACCGGCUCCUUAUGAAACAUUUCUGGCCGGGUCCCUUGACUCUACUCUUCCCCACCAACCCUAAAAUUAUACCCAGCAUCAUAACUGCAAAUCAGCCGACUGUAGCCAUCAGGAUGCCUUCCAAUCCAAUAGCACGAGCUUUAAUCUCAGUUGCAGACGUCCCAAUAGCAGCGCCUAGUGCUAAUUCCAGCGGAAAGCCCAGUCCCACCAGGGCAGAGCACGUACUGCGCGACAUAGGAGGAAAAAUUAGGUUCAUCCUGGAUGGUGGACCUUGUGACGUUGGGCUGGAGAGCACGGUGGUGGACGGACUGCACGAGGAUGGGAAUUUGCGUGUCCUAAGACCCGGAGGACUGCCAGUGGAGGAGAUCGAGCGGGUUUUGCAGAUGCAGAACCCUUCAGGCUCAGUACCCAAGGUCUUGGUGCACCGACGUGAUUUUACGGAUGCUCUGCUCGAGCAGGCACCAACUACGCCUGGCAUGAAGUAUCGACAUUACUCCCCAUCUAUUCCCGUCAUCCUACUCAUGACGUCGAAAGCACCGGACGCUGUGCAGUGUCUGACACCAUCAGCCCUCAUACAGCAGUUGCAGGACACAGCACUCUAUGACAACCCACCCAAGCAUAUCGGCCUUCUAAUGCCUUCCGAUAGCUCUUUGUUUCAACAAUUGAUACCAUUUUCGGAGUUACAGUGGAAUCACUUUUCAUUGGGCUCGGAGCGAGAACCGGCAGUGAUGGCUCAACGGCUAUUUGACGGUCUAUUGACACUGGAAGAGAGGAGUGUUGACUUGAUCCUGAUCCAAGGAAUUGAUGAAGCAAGGGAAGGUCUGGCAUUUAUGAAUCGGGUUAUCAAAGCUGCAGGAGAAACGAGAUGGAUAUCUCUCGGUUAGCAUGUCUAUGCGCUAGCACUGAGGACACAAAGAUCAGAGGCAGUACUGACAUCUAUAGAUUCGUACCACAUAGUAGACCAUAGAUUUUACAGAAAGUUAGCUCUGCGUACACCGCGCGAUCCUAUGCCCACCAUGUCGUAGUAUCUGAAUUCAC